AGCUGGACAGACCCGCCUACUCUUUUUGUUGAAACAAUCCCAUAGUAGACGGCAAUGGAGGCUUAUGAAUAAGGUACACGACAGCUAAACUGAACAGGAAGCAAUUCUUUAACUCAAAACCUCUCAGAAUAUCAACAUGUCUCUCAAGACAACUCUCGAACCGGAACACUCCGGGAUUUUGAAGUUUGUAUCCGCUGCGUUCUACGCCGGCAGUUCGUUUCUUAUCACUGUUGUGAACAAAACUAUUCUUACAAAUUUCAGGUUUCCUUCAUACCUGUUUCUGGGGAUUGGCCAGAUGCUCACCACCAUAUUCAUCCUGUAUGCUGCCAAAAAGAACAAGUUUGUUAAAUUCCAAGAUUUUGACAGAAGUAUUUUCAUCAAAAUUUUCCCUCUUCCUCUUCUAUAUGUUGGAAAUCACAUCACAGGGCUGGCGAGCACCAAGAAACUCAGUUUACCCAUGUUCACCGUGCUCAGGAAAUUCACCAUAUUGAUGACGAUGGUCAUGGAGGCGAGUGUACUGAGGAAAAGCUUUCCUCGCAGCCUCAUCCUCAGCGUGGUGACCAUCGUGCUGGGAGCGCUGGUAGCAGCCAGCUCUGACCUGGCAUUUGAUGUGGAAGCCUACACCUUCAUCCUCCUGAACGAUGCCUUCACCGCUGCCAGCGGUGUGUACACCAAGAAGAAGCUGGGCACUGAGGGUCUUGGGAAAUAUGGCGUCCUGUUUUACAACGCAAUCCUCAUCGUCAUCCCCACUCUUUUGGCUAGCGCCUUUACAGGGGACCUUGAGAAGGCCAUCACAUUUGACGACUGGCUGAGAGCUACAUUUGUCUUCUGCUUCCUGUUGUCUUGUUUUAUGGGGUUUGUGCUGAUGUACUCUAUUGUGCUCUGCAGCCACUACAACUCAGCACUGACGACCACAGUGGUGGGAGCGAUCAAAAACAUAGCUGUGGCCUACAUUGGCAUGUUCGUAGGCGGAGACUACCUGUUCUCCUGGACUAACUUCCUGGGGCUGAACAUCUGCAUGUCAGGUGGGCUGGUCUAUGCCUACCUGACCUUUCACCAUCCCAGCAGCCACCACACCGCCACCAACCAACUCCAGCCAAUCAACGUCCUCGUCACACAACCCUCUACAGACCGUCUGCCUAUCAAAUGAAAGGCCAGAAAUACCAUCUACAAAACACCCGAUUGGUUCUCACCCGAUCCUGUGCUUUGAUUGGUCGUCCCUCACAUAUUGUGACUUGGUGCUUCACACACAUAUUUAUGACACUGCUCCAUAUUGGGGUGACUGUGGGAUGUUUUAGUUGUUGCUUUGCGACAUUUAUCAAAACAGUUUGUUCCUCUGACUGUUCAUGUCCUGGGAGAUUUUUAGUCUGCCCAGGUAGUCUGUAUUUUGUUAUUUUUGUUCACAUUAUUGAACUUCACAGACAAAAAGAAUGAAAAAAAGGAGAGAAAUAAGCUCUUAGGGUCUUGAUAAAUGUUUUUUAUUGAAGACCAGUAAGUACCAACAGUUGUGGAUUUUAACUGAAUAUGUGUAUGUUACUUCUACAGAGCAAGCGAGAACUUUCCUUAUCGAAGCCAAACACACAUCUGACUCUAUACAGGGCGAGGGAAAUCUGAAUUUCAUAAGUAUCUAGAAAUAUUAAUUCCAGCGCUCAGAUUAUGUGAAGCCUAGUCUAAUACAUCAUGGUAUAUAUUAUCGGCCAAAAAUAUUUAUUUAACAAUAAACAAAGGGUUAGAAAUACACUGAUAUAAAAUUCUAGGGUAAUAAUACAAAUAUUAUAACCCUAUAUAACUAAUUAUUUGGUUUUUGCGAUUAUCAACAAUUUAAUUAUCUUCCACUUUUGCACAAUGGUCACUGAAGUCUGGAUAACUAAAGAGUUUAGCCAAUUCAAUAUACAGAUUCAUGAUGUACAAAGUUUUUUUCCCAAAACCCAACAAAACCUCCAAAUAACAAUAGGCCAGUUAAUAUAAAUGCUUACGAACAAUGUUAAAAUAUGUAGUGUUUCAAAAAAUACAAAAGGAAAGGAAAAAGCUUACUUUCAGCAGAAACAAGCGCCAUUUUUCUAUCCAAGUAAGACAUUUCUGUUCCAUUGCAAGCUUAA